AUAAACAAUAAAAUGGCGUCCGGUUUUUUGUGUGUGCGAUAAAAUUAUUGUUUUCAUGAAAUCUUAAGAUUUAUCUACGUUUCGGAUAUGUAGUGAUAUUUAUUAGUAAUUUAAUAUAGAAAUGAUUAGUUUUAGAGUGUCUAAUAAACUAAAACACUCAUCGUUGGUGGAAAAUAAUGUGCGUGUCAGUCCUGCUCAUAGCGUCGUUGUCCUAUGCCGCCUUUUAUAUUGAGUUGAUUAGACUAAUUUACGAUGAUUUCUUCGUGUAGACUGGUGUCCGUCAGUCAAUAAAAGCAUCGUUAACUAUGAAUUUACAUAGAUAGUACGUUUUUGUCGGCAUUGUGAUCGAUGAGUGCGUUGUGCGUUUGUAGUUGUGAAAGCGUACAUACAUGUUCGUAAUGUUAAAACUGUCAUGAGGAUUCUUGUUUACUAUCAAAUAUCGAAUUUGUGUUAGUGAAUUAGUUUUAUCAAUUGUAAUGAAUUAUAUUUGUUGAUAAAAAUGUGUAUGCCUACUCCAAACAAUGUUUCGGGCUUCGGUUACUCGUGGGGCUUCACGAGUUCCGCGGACCUUACGAAGGGCGAAGUGGAAACACCGAGUAGUUUGAGUUACACUCUAGGAAAUACGGUGUCUCCAGAAACAACACUAACUGUUAUGGCCCAUAAGACACCUCAAGUCCAAGAAAAAGUUGGUGCGGUCACAGUAGCGGUGUCAAAUUCAGGAGCUCAGUUGACGAGGGUAGUUACUACAGGUACGCCAGUCACUGGGAGACGGGCGAUGUUUGUUGUGAAUGAUGCCACCACUCAUACUAUCAACAGAGUAUCACAACAGAAUCAAACGGCAACUAUACAUACUAACCUCACAGCUAAGCCGUUUAUGACACCAAUAGGACCCUUACAACUAACUGCAGAGGAAUGCAACGAAAUUCUCAUGAAGAGAGCUUUACAAGCACAAGGCAUAGCAACUCCUGUGAUAGAUGCUUCCCAACUUAAUCAUACUAUUCUAAAUGGAGGUCUAAAGAGUCUAGCAGAGGCUACUGUACAGCAGACACAAGCAGAAACCAUUCAGACGACCACAGUACAUCAACAUCAUUUGUUGCAUACCAAGCAGGAACCAGGAACUGCCAAUAAUUCACCCAAAACGGUAUAUUCUCAGACGGAGCUGCUGAACACCAACUCAGUGAUGACGACGGCGCCCCCUGCCGCCGUCAAGGAGAGACCCUAUGGGUGCGACGAGUGCGGGAAAUCCUUUCUGUUGAAACAUCAUCUCACAACACAUGCCAGAGUUCAUACAGGUGAAAGACCCCAUGUAUGCGCUCAUUGCGGCAAGGCGUUUGCGAGGAAGCAUUGUCUGAACACACACUUGCUCCUACAUUCAGCGCAGAGGCCGUAUAGGUGUGAUGAAUGUAAGAUGGCGUUUACAUUGAAACAUCAUCUCGUUACACAUUCUAGGGUCCACAGUAGAGAACGUCCGUUUGUAUGCAACGAGUGCGGUCGCGGGUUCCCGUUGAAGCGCCAUCUAGUGACGCACAGCAAGUACCACGCGGGGGAGCGGCCCUACGUGUGUAGCGAUUGUGGCGAGAGCUUCGCGCAAAAGGAGCACCUAGUAAUGCACAGUCGUUUCCACGGCUCCCUGUCCCCGUACGUGUGCCCGGACUGUGGCGUGACGUUUGCCCGCAAGUUCCAGCUGGUCAACCACGGCCGCGUCCACGGCAGGGUGCCUCACUCCUGCCCCGUCUGUGGGAAGGAGUUCUUGCAGAAACGCACCCUUGUAGCUCAUAUGAAAAUCCACACAGGGGAGGGUGCUGUAGCAUGUCUAGAAUGCGGCGAAGCUUUCAAAUGCAAAUCGGAACUGCACCAACAUUGCAAGAUGACGCGACAUUGUCUUUCGUCGCAAGCGCAGCAGCAACAACAACAGCAACAGCAGCAACAACAACAACAACAGCAGCAGCAACAACAACAAGCCCAGCAACAGGCACAACAACAAGCACAACAACAGGCCCAACAACAAGCGCAACAGCAAGCCCAGCAACAGGCGCAACAACAGGCCCAGCAACAAGCUCAACAACAGCAACAGCAGCAACAACAACAACAGCAACAACAAACAACUGUGAUAAAACAAGAUGAUUUUAAGCCGCAAAUUGUACAGGUCAUAGGUGCAGAUGGUCAAAUAGUAUCAGAAAAGACUGGUCCGGGUUAUGCAUGUCCGGAGUGUGGGUCGUGUUUCAACACAAAGGAGGCGCUGUCCCUGCACGUGCGUCUGCACGCGGGGGACCGCACGUGUGUGACGGACCUGUGUGCCCUCACGGCCGCGCUGCAGCCCGGCCUCGUCGCCGCGCACCAACAACAUAGUUUUAUAAUCCCAGACCAGCCGAACAUACAAAUAAUUUCAUCGAAUGCGAACAACGUUGGGCAUACGCAAGUCAUAGCUUCCAAUCAUCAAAUAUCCACUCCCAGACCGAAAGUUCACUUUUGUGGCGACUGCGGGAAAGGUUUCGCGGCUAAACACGGUCUAAUAGCGCAUCAAAGGAGACACCCGGACGGUAGCUGUACCCUGCGCACGCAUGUGUGUGACCAGUGCGGGAAGGCAUUCUUCCAGAAGAACCAUCUCAUGCUGCAUCAACGGCAACAUAUGGACCUACCGCCUAGAGCUAGUCAAGGCCAGACAGUAUCGCAGCAACAGACGGCGCAACAGGCCGUCCAGCAAGCGACGCAGCAACAAGUGCAACAGGUGCAGCAACAGGUGCAACAGCAGGUGCAGCAGCAGGUGCAGCACCAGGUGCAGCAGGCGCACCAACAGCUCGAGCUGGACCACGACCACCAGCAGCCCACGCAUAUACAAGUCGUGACGAAUAGAUCUGGCCAAGUCAUCGGCAACCAGAUCGUGGUGGGCGGGUUGAGCGGGGGACGUCGCCUCGUGGCUCCACUACAUAUUGUCAGCCGAGACGUGAAGCCCAACCUGUCACAUCUACAUAAACAUCAUGGGCGACAACACACCACCAGUGGUGAUGCAAAAGAAGUCGGCGGUCUAGUCCUAUCGGCAGGUCGGACAGGCCUCAUAAAGUACGAAAUCUCCCUCCCUCCCCCAACGUCCGUAGUACAAGUGCAACAACUAGACUGAGUGAAGCGAGACCCAGAUGAACCUAUGGUCGUUUGGAUGAAAAAGUGACAGUGACUUGUGACAUAACUAUGUGUGACAGUUAAACAGUGAUGCUAGUGCGGUGAUGUGAUUAUAGUAUGCUUGUACAAGAUUUGGAUAGAAGAGCAAUAAAUAAAACGAGGUAUUGUGAUAUUUGAAAAUUAUAUAGUUUUUGCUGUUAUUUAGAGGGAGUUUGAUGAAUGUAUUUGGUAUUGGAGUUGCAUAAGUAAACUAAUCAAGGUAACUUAAGCUGACAAAUGCGUAUAAUCAAUUUUUAACCAUUUGUUUUGGUAAUAAAGUUGAAAUCUAGACAAUUCACAACAGUUUCUGUGUUACAGUGUUGUGUACAGUGGAGCUGCUGUUAUGAAAUCUGAAAUGGUUUUAUGCAUUCAAUUUACA